GUGCGAGGCUUGCGGAGUGUCGGUGCUGCGUGAGGUUCGGGUGCGGUUCUUCUUGCGCGCCUGGUGUCGCGUGCAGGCGUGAACGAACCGGCAGGACUCCUGGGACAUUUUUCAAUCAAGUGACGUAGUUUUUGGUGCGCAGUCAUAGGCCCGCGGGCGAGCGCGCUGCCACACGCAUCAAUCAGGAUGGCUGGCGCCGCGGGUCGCGGGGGCUGCCACACGAUCCGGGGGGCGCAGAUUAAAGAGCUCCUGCAGUCUAAACGCAACGUCCUCUUCGACUGCGACGGGGUGAUCUGGAACGGCGAAACAGCCGUCACGGGCGCUCCGGAGGUGGUUCGUCUGUUGAAACAGCAGGGCAAAAGAGUGUUCUUCGUCACCAACAACUGCACCAGGCCGAGGGAGAACUAUGUGCAGAAGUUUUCCAGGCUGGGCUUCACGGACGUGGCAGAGGAGGACAUCUUCAGCUCGGCGUAUUGCUCCGCCGCCUACCUGCGCGACGUGGCCCGGGUCCAGGGCAAGGUGUUCGUUAUCGGCUGCUACGGAGUGCAGAAAGAGCUUCUUAACGCAGGAGUAACCAUGGUCGAGGAGGACGAUGAUGGACCGGACGUUAGCAUUUACGACUGUCCACUGGAUCCGGACGUCAAAGCCGUCCUUGUGGGUUACGACGAAAAAUUUAAUUUCCUGAAGUUGGCAAAAGCCUGCUGCUAUUUGCGGAACUCGGAGUGUUUGUUUUUGGCCACGGACCCCGACCCUUGGCACCCCCUGCGUGGAGGAAGAGUUACACCAGGAUCCGGGAGUCUCACGGCAGCCUUGGAGACGGCCAGUAACAGGAAGGCCACGGUUAUCGGCAAGCCCGGCCGCUUCAUGUUCGAAUGCAUUGCUGGCCAAUUCAAUCUGGACCCGGAGCAGUCCCUGAUGGUGGGCGACCGGCUGGAGACCGACGUUCUCUUUGGCACCAACUGCGGCCUUUCUACGAUGCUCACCCUGACGGGCGUAUCAACCCUCAAGGAGGCAGAGGAGUACAAGGGCAGCGAUUCUCCAGAGAAGAAGGACUCUGUGCCUGAUUACGUGGUGGAGAGCAUUACCGACUUCCUGGAGGCUUUGGAGGAGUAGCGAGACAGUCUUAGGCAUUCUAGCCCCACUGUAAUGAAGCCCAGAGUGCAUGAAAGGCCUCAGCCUGCUACACAAACGCACAGUCACUGCUGUAUGUCCAGUCAUAAUGCUGUUGCUCAGUAUAGCUAUGUGUUAGCGUAGUUUGGUUAAAAUAACCCUACGAAUUUUCCAUUCAUCAUUAGUGUAUUUGAUGACAUGGAUGUAACACGUAGCCUGUUUGAAGUACACAAUAGUGGAAGAUACUGAACAGCACACAAAUGGUUUGGGAACACUACUAGACUGAAGGUAGUCAACACUAACCAAGCAGGAGUGUAAACAAAUACUGUGAGGAUUAUGUAGCUGUAAUAAAAAAAAUUGUUAUUUGGGAUGAUGUAACAGCAUGCCAUGCAGUCCUACAAGUAACAAAAUGAAUCUUUGUUAAAAAUGUUACUUUGGUAAGGAUUUGGGUACACUGGAAUUUCCAGUAAAUAUUUUGGCUACUGUGAGGUGCUCUUUUGGGUGCAACAUAUUACUGAAAUGUCACUUUUCUUUUACCAGAGAAUGUAGUAAACAAGUUCUCAAGAGUUUUGGGCUUUUUGCAGUGGAAAAAAUAUUCACAGUAUGAAUGGCGAAAGUAUAAUUUUUUUUGUUUAUUUACAUUUUUUACACUCAUCUUUAAAGGAAUAAAUUAUAAAUUUCAUUCUGCAGUAAAUGUUUACAAGCAGUCUGCACAUGAAACAAAAGUAAAACAAACCCCCAACAAAACUGUGUGUAUGUGUGUAUAUGUAUAUAUGUAUAUGUGUAUUUAU